GGCCGUUCUUCCUCUUCGCCCUUACAUCAUUACACACAGAGAUCACACUAACGUGAUGUAUCAAAUGAACACCAUGACUCAUUUUGUACUCAAACACCGUGACUCAUUUUUCCAUCAGUUGACUGUAAUAUCGUCUACUAUUUCUACAAGUCCAAUUAUGGAUACCCUAUUGCCUUUAUAAAAUUAUAUACCUGGGGUUGACAGGCUGUGACAUAGCAACGUGCGACAUGUUUUCUUUGCUGAAGCUCUGAAGGCUGAUGUUACAGUAGUAUCAACUUUCUCGAAGUUGGAUUAACAGCCAUUUUAUUUGUUAUAAUUUGGGGGAAACUAUUAAAUAUAGAUGACAAGAAAUAUACCAAAAAUAAUCUUUAAAUUAACACUGUACUUUUAAGUAUUUUUGGCCACGAAGAUUUUGUUACAAACCAUAUCUUCAGUAUGCAAUACUGUAUUUUGGGCAGAGAGUGUUUAUAUAGUAAGUUGGCUAGAGAGAGAGAGAGAGAGAGAGAGAAUUACCAUAUAUAAAAACAAGGGGUGUAGAUAUUUGUUUCUGUGAGGCCGCUUUCAGCUGGCUGCUGACAGACUGUAGCUUGACGAGAUCUCUCCACCCAUGAAAAGUGCCAGCAAUCAUGAGUUGAUUAUGGACUACCAGUAGAAUGUAUAUACAGCACAUGUUUUGUAAAGGAAAAAUGGACUCUUAUACGGCAUGCCAGUAGAGUAAUGUUAAAUGGGAUUAUUUGGAUAUAGAUUAGUGAUGAUUGGACAUGUGGCAUUAAGGGGCAGAAGUGACAAGGCAUCCUCGGUGACUAGACCAUAAAAUGACGGAUGGGGACGAAUUGUUGACCAGUCUCAUGGCUUUAGAGGAUUACAAUCCUCCAGACAGCCAGAUAAGCCACAAGUUAUAUUUAUUUAACAUGCAGGAGAUCAUAGGGGUUGUUUUGAGAAACUACAGCAUAGGGAUAGAGUCCAGGAUUCCAAAUAUAUUUCUUUGGGUUUUUGACAAUCUUACCUGAGUGAAUAAUGCUUAAACUUAAGAUUAUCAGACUAAGGUGUUUAGAUUGAAUAUCUUGCCUAUGUUUAAUUGGGAAUUGUUAACCAUAUUGGUAAUUUUGAUUAUUAUACUGUAUACCUACCUAGUUGUGCUUGUGGGGAUUAAGCUCCAGCUCUCUGGUCCUGCCUCUCAACUGUCAUACACCCGGUGUGUGUGCAUGCAUGUGUAAGUAAUAAAUCGUACCUCUGCAAGUUGAACAGAAGCAUCAGGCAAUAGAAAUAGUUUGGUGUGGUUUCCUAUUCCACCCACGAAUUGAACCUGGGAUCCCCAAUUGAGUCGAGAACAAAGCCAAUUGCUCUGAACUACGAGACCCAUAAGUGUGCUGCAGUUGACACAUCUACUUUAUACAUACCUAAUACUUCUGCAUUACCUGACCCUCCCCAUUCUGAUGCCAGCUCAGUGAUACAUGAAACGUUUAUACAGUGCUACACUAAAAAUCAAUUUGUGAAGUUAUUAAUACAGUAAUAGCAUUGAUAACCAAUGGCAGUUUUGCAAUGUUUAGCUGCAUUUACAGAUGUUUAUACACAUUUCUACAGUUUGCUCUUGGUUAUGCUAAUACCUUUCUAUAUGUAAAAAUACAUAAUAUACUGUAUAUUGCUAUACAAAUUACUUCAGUAAUGUCUAGUUUAUAAAUUUUGAGAGAAGUGCGAGUUGUGGUGUGGGGCCACUGAUUGUAAACACUGCAAUGAGUAAACAAGUGUCCAUUAAUUUAUAUUUUGCAAAACUAUUUAUAGGCAUAGAACAUUUACUUGGGUAUCAAAAUGCUUGGAAUUAAUGAGCGCAGGUACAGUAUACAAAGAAAUUGGACACUAGCUGUUAGGCGAGCAAGAGCACUAGAGUUUACCAAAUGUUACUAUAUACAUUUCCCCAUUGUGCAGCCAUUUAUUGCUAUAAAUAUUUUUCUAUACAAAUGUAGUUAUAUAUUUGAUCUAUUUUGAUGUACAGCACUUGAAUUGUAUUCACUCUGCCUCAAUAUAGCGUGCGCACAGUAGUCAAACAAUUUUGGAUAUUUUGGAAACUGAUAAGUAGUCAUUGGAAAUAAAACCCAAAGCUAAACACAUGAAACACAAAGAAACAUAUGAAACAAAUGAAACCCAAAGCUAAACUUCAAAACUGAUGCUGUUGUUUUUUAGAUUCGGCUACUUAAAAUAAAAGUUCCAAAGUAGCACGGGCUAUGGUGAGCCCGUAGUGGACUUGGCUGGCACAGGAGCGGGGCUGUAACUGAUGCUAGAAUUAGCUUAUAUUGUUACUUUGAUGUUUGACGAAUUGGAAAUGUUGAAACCAUUAGUAAAUUGAAGGCCAUUUGUAAUGUAAACUAGGACAUUAUCAUGCUCACUAUCAAGUACAGUAAUAAUUUUUGUAUGAGCAAUAUUGAGAUAGGAAUGGCUGAUAACAGAAUAUGUAGAUAAGUCUGCCAAAAGUUGUCAUACACUGCUCUUGUGGUAUCAUAGGAGACACACAUUUGCUGCUCUUUCAUCCUGGGGUUGGAACAGUUGCUGGGAUGGAGUCAGAGGAUAGUGGUGGAGGAACAGCAGACACAUCAACAUACCAGGUCUUGGCUGCUCAGGAUUCAUACCCCAAGCAAAUCUGCCAGUUUGACGAGCCAUCUCUGUCCAUUCCAUUCGUUCCUCUGAAUGGGGAGUAUGCGCAGUUUGUGGGGCGCACAUCAGAUGGACUAAUUGCACUCUCGAACUAUCGUGUGUUUUUGCAGCAACGUGAUGUAACCUACCAUAUACCCUUGGGAGUUAUUGAGGGAAUUGAGUGUCGUGAGAUAUUUUUCCUCUUUCUCCUAUGUAAAGAUACCAAGUCAUACAAGUGUACCUUUGGUACCAACGAGCAGUGUGCCGAGUGGCAGCGGCGUUUGACCAAGGCUUUACUUCUUCCUCAACGCUUGGAGAAUGUUUUUGCCUUUGCAUUCUAUAUGUGGAGUAUGGAGGAAGCUGGGGAACUACAUAAUAAUCUCUCGGAACCUGAUGGCUUGCAGUCGUAUGGUGUGCGAGUGGAGAAGAUGUUUGAUGAGGAGGUUCGACGUCUUGGUUUUGACUUGGGAGGAGCAUGGCGGAUCUCUUUAGCAAACAGCGACUACCAGCUAUGUUCCACGUACCCCAGAAAGCUGGUAGUACCAGCAUCCAUCAAUGAUAACAUACUGGAGUCAGUUGCUCGUUUUAGAUCUGCUCGAAGGAUACCAGCUGUUGUUUGGAGACAUGCCAAUGGUGCAGUCAUUGCACGAUGUAGUCAACCUGAGGUCGGAUGGUUGGGUUGGAGAUCUAGUGAAGAUGAAGACUUGGUAAAGGCAAUUGCUGAAGCUUGUGCUUAUGACAGUCCUCCUGUAACAUCAUCUAGUAGUGUUCUUGGGACAACAACAAACCAGUUGGGGCCCCCUGAUAGUGGAGAGAAGGAGGCAAUGACUCCCUCGUCAGAUAAUCCCUCUAUUUGUGAUUUGCCCGAGGCCAAGGCUCAGGCAGAUAUAAAGAAAGUAUUAAUCGUUGAUGCUAGGUCCUAUACCACUGCUGUGGCAAAUCGUGCCCGUGGUGGAGGGUGUGAGUGUCCCGAGUACUAUCCUCAGUGUGAAAUUCAGUUCAUGAAUCUUGCUAAUAUUCACACUAUCCGCAAGUCUCACCAUGCUCUUCGUCAGCUUGUAUCAUCACCGCCAGACAUUCCUAAUUGGCUAUCCUUACUGGAGGGUUCUCGAUGGCUUGGGCAUCUUUCAGGCUUAAUGAAAGCUGCUGUAACAGUUGUGCAAGCAAUUGAUCGUGAAGUAAGGCCGGUUUUAGUCCACUGUUCCGAUGGUUGGGAUCGGACGUCCCAAAUAACUGCACUUGCGCAACUUCUAAUGGAUCCUUAUUACAGGACUAUACACGGUUUCCAGGUGCUAAUUGAGCGUGAAUGGGUGGAGUUUGGCCACAAGUUCAGUGACCGAUGUGGUGUUGGUCGAAGCUGCGAAGAUAUCAAUGAGAGAUGUCCUGUCUUCCUUCAGUGGCUCGACUGUGUUCAUCACCUCCUCUACUGGUAUCCUACACACUUCCAAUUCAACCAAGCAUAUCUGGUUAAAUUGGCCCAACAUGUAUACAGCAAUCUCUUUGGCACAUUUCUCUGUAACACCUCUCAAGAGCGGGUCCAGGCAGAAAUUGGAGACCGCACAUAUUCUGUUUGGUCACUUCUCCGGCUCAACCGUCACCGAUACACUAACUACCUUUAUUGUCAUUCUAGUGAGGUACUGUCUCCUGCAUGUCACACUAAAGAUUUGCGGUUGUGGACAUCGGUUUACAUGCCCGAGAUGGGGGAAGUUACAGAAGAUCCAAACACCGGCGCCCACAUUAAUGGGGAUGAUGAGGAGGAAGAGGAAGAACCCGCUGCUGGGGGUGAGCUCGUUAAGACUAAGUCGUGUGAUGAUCUCCUGGCUAACACUUCUCCGCCGCCUCACCACCCCUUGCGACGUUCUUCUGAUCCUAACAUUAGAGACAGCUGUCCAAACAUGGCCAUGCUCAACUCUGCUCUUGGUGCAGAACUAGCCAAUGGAGAUGCGGAUGCUGUCGUUGAAAAUGGGAAUGAAGAACCAGGCAUUGAUGAUUUUGAUGCCUAUGAGGAUUCUACUAGUGAGCCUAAUGGAGAAAGGCUAAAUGAUGAAUCUGAGUCAUUGACUUUAUGCGAACCUUCUGUAUCAGAAUCUGAAAUUCAUGAGUGUGUGAAUGUAGUGCAAAGUGAGUGUAGUGAACAUGGUAUAGAAAAUGGGGAAGAAGCGAGUGAAGUACUGGGACAAGAACUUGCAGAAAUAGAUGAAGAUAGUAGCAAGGAAAUGAUUGAGGACUUUAGAAGAGAGCAAGAGGAAGAAAUGUAUUGUAAUAGACAUAGAGUUAGUGGUGGGCAUCGGUUCAGAGGUUUGGCUGAACAGUCCAUUGAAGGAUCCACAGACACACUAGUAGCUGAGGUGGGAGUAAUAGCUAGUGAAGAAAAGGUUCCCCAGGAGAAAAAUAGUGAAUAUUUACCUUUAUUGAAUGGAGAAAUUGGACAAGAGAACUCCAAAUCAUUACUGAAUGGAAAAUGUUGUCCUUUCAUGAAUGGUAUGUCUGGGGAGGAAAAUGAAGUGUGCACCACAACUAAUAAUAAUCGCAAACCUUAUAAGAAAGGCCCUGUAUCUUCUGUGUUGGAGAAUGGGCUAGAAGAACGUCUGGAAAAACGGAUUGUGAAUGGUGUGUCAAAUGUAAGUGCUGUCAUGAACAGCGUUACAUCUUCAGGCUGUAGCAUCUGUAUCCAAAGUAAGAAAUUGUUGGAUGAAACCAGUAAUGGGGACUCGUGGCGAAGUGCAGGACUUAUGCAAGACACCUCUGUUAUUGGGGGUACAGUGCGAGGGGUUACCACAGGUCCAGGAAGUAGAGUUUCACUGUAUUCCACACCAAUGCACUCCCGGACACCGUCGUCGUGUAUACCUUCAACACCUUGUGAGGAUAGGUUCGGCAGUGGUGGUGACAGCAGUAGAGGUAAUAAUUAUGCAACUGUUGAUGGCCUGCAUAAUGUUAGCGAUGAAGUGACUAAGAGAUUACACCAAAUCCUCCUACAUCAUCAGUCUGAAUUGGAAACCCUAAAGCGAGACCUUCAAGCAACAAGACAGGCACUGUGUAAUCAGGUUCUGCACAAUCGCUGUCACCACCACCACCAUGACCCCACUGAAGACCAGAUGUCCCUGCCAGAAAGUGUAGGGUCAGGAUCUGGUGGCUCUGUAGGUCAAGAGUCUGGUGUGUCUGAUACUUCAUGGGAAGCUGUCGAAGAAGGAGAGGCUCGUCCCACACUAUGGGUACCAGAUCAUGCUGUGGACUCCUGCACUGGAUGUAAUACCCAGUUUUGGAUAGGUCGACGCAAGCACCACUGCAGGUCAGUUUCCAGUUUGUGGGUACCUGGUCAAACGUUGCUUGGGCUAGAGUUACAGCCUCAUCAGCUCCCAAAGAGUUGUGGUAAAAUCUUCUGCUCUGAAUGUUCCGAGCACAGCAUCCCAAUUCCUCGAGAGCAACUGUACCAACCAGUUAGGGUAUGUGGAUCCUGCUUCAAUAUUGGUAUGGAACACACAAAACCAAAAAUCUUGGCUGCUGCUUCAAAUUAACUGGAGAGUAAUGCAAAUAAGGAACUAGUAAUAAGGGUAGUAACUGGUCAUUACAGAUGUUAAGGGGCAAGUUGGCAUGACUUUCUCUAUUGUAAGGAUGCAAUUAGUUUUUACUGAAUGUAAUAGCAACAGUGCCACCAAACACAAGGAAUUGUAAUUGAAAUCUCAUAAAAUUUAAAUGGUAAAUUUUAUCAGUAGCAACCCCUUGAUGCCAGUGAAAGCAAAGCUUUCUUGGUAACAUCUGUCAAUAGGGAAGUGCUCAUUGGUAAUAUCAGUGUGCUGUGUGAGAAGUGCCGGGUCCUAGUAUAGUCUCCUCCGUACUGCGCUUUCUUCGUCCCCUUCUCUUGCUGAGAAGCGGAUACUUUUAUUUUAAAAUAUUCAAAUGACAUUGUGCCAGAGGCAAUUGAAGAUGUAUAUUUGUUUUAACUGUUAUCAGAUAAUUGUGUGUUCAUAAAGUUUCUUUUGACCAUUGAAAAGUUGGCAUUUGUAAAUUUUCACAUGUGAUAAUACUGUGUUGAUAUUCAUUUGAUUCAAUUUUGUCUGCAUAAAAGUUAUACUGCAAGUUAUUUAUCAUUUUGAGGUGAGGGUGAGUUUUACAGAGUUAUUUAGAUAUCUUAAUAAGAUACUUUGUUUUAGGAUUUGUAGGAAUGAAGUUAUAUAUUUUUUUCCACGUGAACCUAAUGCAUAGCAAAUAAUUAUCCCAUAAAAACUUGGGAAUGCACAAUAUCUGCUUUCACUUCACAUAUUAUAUUUUAGAUAUACAGGUACUGUAUAUGUAUAUAUAUAUGUAUAUGUAAUUUUCUGGGUGUAUGCUGGUUGAAGGUAUGUUACCCCAAGCAUUCUGGUGAAGUGUGCUGUAAUGUCAAUAUUAUAAACUGUAAAGAAAGUAGGAAGAUUAUUUUUUGAGAUUAUGUGCAAAUUUGGUAACCUGUAAAUAUUUGUUGGGGCAGUGAUAGUUAUUGUAUAUAAACUAUUUUUGAAUGAUAAUGAUCUGUUACGAUCAUUUUCUUUGUGUUAUGAACUUGUCACUAGAAUAUUUUAUGCUAGGUAUCGGUAGCCAUUAUGUAAAGUUCCUCGACACGGUUCAUCGUAGCAUUUCUGCUAUUGAUUCUGGAACUUAAGAGUUUGAGUGUAACCAACCAUGUUAUGUAUAAUACGGAGAGAGAGAGGGUGAGACCAUAUAGGUAUUAACACCGGUAUGGAGUGCGAUCCUUGGGGUUGUAGUUGCUAUAGUGAUGUCUGAACCCUCCAGGUGGCUCUGUUUUUUUUUUUCUGCCUACUCUAAAAAUUUUCUUUGCAGGAUAUUGAUAAAAGUGGCUCUUGAUGUGCUGGUUCAUGACCAAGGUUUUAGUACUCCUGCUGUGGUUAGUGUAUCGGUAUACAAUUCUCGUAGUAAUUUGUAAUAAAACUGUUUAUAAUUAGGGACGGUUAUCUAACAAAUGUGAUACGAUGCAAAGUAGGCCAACUUUAUAUAUAUAUAUAUAUAUAUAAUAUAUAUAAAUUUCCUGGUGAAGAGUUGCUCAUGUCAGUCAGUAGUAAGGGAAAUUUUUGGAUUUUGUGAUGUUGAAAAGGUGGGGCAGAAUUUAUACUCCAGGUGUGCUAGUCAUUGCUGUGCUCAAUAAAGCCUUAUGAAUAUUGUACAUUGUUGUUCAGUUUUCAAUAUUUAUUAAGUAAUUAAUUUGAAUAGUUCAUCUAAGUAUUAAAACAGGUUCAAUAACUUGUAGAGUUUAGUUAUGUGAAUAUAUUAUAUACUGUAUAGGUUAUAAACAGAUGAAUUAUUUGGAAGGUAUCAUUAAACACAGACUACACUGAACACCAAACCAAAGUUAUGGUUAAGGCACAUCAUAUAUAUAUUUACAAUAAUCCUGUAUAUUCCAUAUCAGUGAUGUGGAAAACCCACAUUUGCUUUAAGUAUUCUCAUAAGGUUUAAUUGAGCUGAGCAUGUAGGCCCAACACAACAUGUAUAGUAAAUAUAAAGCCUACAGUUGUAGAAAUGAGUCAUGGAGUAUAAAUAAAGAAUAUAGUUUGCCAUGUAUUGCUUAAACAUUGGUUGAAUUAACAAGUUUUGGCUUGUGUAUACUCCAUUAUUUUUUUUUUUUUUUUAAGAAAAAAGUUAUGGCAAAUGCAACCUUGAUGUCCGAUAUUAAUUUGGCUAAUUGUCUGUAUAAAAUUAAAUUAUAGUGUCUUGACACAUCAUCUGAAAUGGUAUUUUUAGUCCAUGCAGGAGGAAUAGUUUCAUUUUAUUUUUUGUGUGCAUCAUCUUCCAGGUAUUGAGCAAGGUAACAGGACUUGGUUUGAAAAAUUACAUCUAUACAUUAGCCAAGAUCUCUACCUUAUUUUUGCUCAAAGGAACACCCAGCUUGUUUACUGUAGUGUCUUCAGUACAGGGUUCUCAAUAGUGAACUUGGGCAAAGCUCAAGGUGCCACAGAAAAGGCUUGUCACUACUGAAUCAAGAUGAAGCAUAAAUGAUAUGACAUGACACUGUCCCUUGAUCUGCUCUUGGCAAGACAGGCAUUUAUUAAAGCUAUUAGCAUCGUUGUUCAGAAACUUUAAUUGUAAUUCCAGAAAAGUAGGUUAUGCCAGCUGAUAAAACUGGAAGAGAAUGCAAAGGCUGUGACAUCUGUAUGAAAAUGUUAUUCUAAAAAAAUUUACCCCAAAAUGCAAAUAAACCAAAUGCUAAUUAUAGAUUUUGUACAGAGCCUAAAGUUGAUUAUUAACUUGUCAUUCUUAUCAGGCUGUAUAAAAGGGAAGGCUUAUGUUGUAUGUUUAGACAAGUGUUUCUUACAUAUAUGUUUUAAGCCUGCAAUCAAAUAAUUUUAAUUAUUAAACCAAUCUCAUAAUAAACUGCCUUCAAAAGUCUAAAAGGUACCUGUUGUUCCCUGGUUAUUCAUAUUUAUAAUUGUUUAACAAAUGCAUGGAAUUGUUAGCUCUAUUCAAAGUCACUUAAUAUAGGUUUUCAUAAAAGCUUUUUUUCCCCCCAAUUAGUUUUAAAUUGUUUUGAGAAUCUUGAACCGAAGUUCUUCAGGUAUCUCAAAAGGGUACAGUAUAAACGAGAGAACUAGUGCCCCCCGUGAACUUAUUAUAUAGAAACUAUUUGUAAACUAUCAAUUUGGCAGGACGAGAAUAGCACUUGAUGCAGGCUCUAAAGAUAUGAUUGUCAUUCUCCUUGCAGUAUGAUGUGCCCCAGUGUUGUAGUAAGAUAUAGGUGCCAUGUUAUGAUACUGCCAGAGAAACAUAUUUGAUGCUCUUAGCAUCACUGGCAGCAUUAAUAUGCAUGUCAAUUCAUUCAGUAAUUAUGAUUGUUGAACCAUUCCAUUUUUACUGUUAAACAAUAUUGAUAUUUUAUGAAAGUUUUUUUAAUAGUUGGAAGUACAGUUUAUUAACAUUACUUCAAUAGUCAUAGUGACAUUUUUGCCCUAGAAAAUUAAACACUUGCAACACAAUAUUUUAUAUUCACAUUUUAAAUGUCAUUAUUUUUGGGUUGGGAAUCACUGUAUUAGCAACAAAUCUUACAGUAAUAUUAUUAUUAGUGUUUAAUAUUAUUCACAUUGAGAAUCUGAAUGCUUUUAAGCUAUGUCUGGGGCACGCAUACUUGCCAGUCCUUGUGCACUAGCCUCCUUUAAAUUAGUUAUAUAUGUGUAUAAUAUGUUAAAUAUCUGUAAAUAAAUGGAUUAAGUUGAA